GGCUUCCGGCUGCGGCGCGGGCCGCGCGGGGUGAUGGCGACCAAGAGGCUGGCGCGGCAGCUUGGAUUAAUUAGGAGAAAGUCAAUUGCACCUGCAAAUGGAAGCCUUGAGAGAAGUAAAUCCAAGCAGUUGUUUGACUACUUAAUUGUCAUUGAUUUUGAGUCCACGUGCUGGAAUGAUGGGCAACGCCACCGUAGCCAGGAAAUAAUUGAGUUUCCUGCAGUAUUGCUGAACACAUCAACUGGAGAAAUUGAAUCUGAGUUCCAUGCUUAUGUUCAGCCUCAGGAACAUCCCAUUCUUUCUGAAUUUUGUGUGGAACUGACAGGAAUCAAACAGGCUCAAGUUAAUGAAGGGGUCCCUCUGAAGAUUUGCUUAUCUCAGUUCUGUAAAUGGAUUCACAAGAUUCAGCAACAGAAGAAAAUUACUUUUGCUACUGGUGUUUCAGAUCUUUCCACUUCAGAAGCAAAAUUAUGUGCAUUUGUUACUUGGUCAGAUUGGGACUUGGGGGUUUGCCUGGAGUAUGAGUGUAAAAGAAAGCAGCUGUUAAAGCCUGUGUUCUUAAAUUCUUGGAUUGAUCUCAGAGUAACUUAUAAGAUUUUCUAUAAAAGAAAACCGAAAGGACUGAGUGGUGCCCUGAAGGAAGUAGGAAUAGAAUUCUCUGGACGAGAACAUUCUGGGUUGGAUGAUUCUCGGAAUACUGCCUUUCUUGCUUGGAAAAUGAUUAGGGAUGGUUGUAUAAUGAAAAUUACAAGGUAUUUGAACAAGGUUUCCACUAAAAAGAAUUCCAACAUUUUGGCCAGAAAUUUGAAUACAAAUCAAGUUGAAGAAACAUCAGCCUGCAAAACUAAUAUUUCGGACCCCAGCACAUAUGCUAGGGAGUCUAAAGACACAGUAAGUUCUCAUGAAAAAGUUCAAAUGAAGUCAGUUGGUGUGAAUUCUCCUACAAAGGUACAGCAAGAUCAGUUACAACUAAAAAGCAAUAUAAGAACUAAUCUUCACAAUGUCAAAAACAGUUUAUCUCUCUUAAAUACGAAGUCCUCUACUUUUCUUGGACAGUUUCAAUCUCCCAGCUUGAAGUCACCUAUUUAUAUGCAGAAGCAAAUGAAAAAUGAACAUCUGACUUUUAAUAACAAAUCUAAGUCUUCAACAACUGGUUCAGAAUUGGUACUUGUUUCAACUACCAUUUCAUCUGUUAAUCAUGUUUCUGAUAUGAAAGUUAGUUCUACCCUUGACUGUUUACCUCUAUUGGCUGACUGGGAAGAUGUAGCUUUACUGCCAGCAUCUCAGCCUGAGCAAAAUGUAGAUUAUAUACCUCCCAUUAAUGACUCAAACUCAGAUACUUCAUUUAAUUCUGAAGAAAGAAUAAUGGUUUUAAAAGAAUCUAAAAUGUCAAAUCAUGGAAACUUUGGAGGCACAGAAAAAACUCAAAAAUCUGAGACCUCUAAGUCUAUUGUAUUUAAGAGUCCUCAUACUACUAUUUAUAAUGUAAAAGCAGCCAAAGAUCAAGGUUCUAAUGAUUCUGACUUUAAAUUACCUGAGUGUAAAUCAAGUACUUUUAACAGUGUUCAAGCCACCAUGUUUCAUUCCUCAGUUUUGGGGAAACAGCCUCCUCUUUUAGGUGGCACUAAAAGGAAUUCAUCCAGUUCCCCAGUUUUCCCACCAGCAAAAAAACAGACCUUCACUAUUCAUGAAGAAAAGCCUACAUCAUUUGAUGGCUCCCCAAUGAGCAGUUCUUCCCGGAAGGUUCUCCCAUCUGUCUUAACAUCUACAGUUAACCUACAAGAGCCUUGGAAGAGUGGGAAGGUGACACCACCUUUAUGCAGGUGUGGCCGAAGAUCUAAGAGGCUUGUUGUUUCUAACAAUGGACCAAAUCACGGAAAAGUUUUCUAUUGUUGCCCUAUUGGGAAAUACCAAGAAAACAAAAAGUGUUGUGGUUAUUUCAAAUGGGAACAUACACUUAAAAAGGAACGAGCCAGUAACAUUAUUUUGUCUCAUUCUUCGGGGGGACUCACUUUUAGUUCUCCAGAAACAAGCUAUGUGUGUGACAGAAAUGUAAGUUUUCCUACAAAAAAUUCACUGAGACUUAGACCUUCAAUGAGGAAUUAAACUUUUUUAUAUCUAAACUAUCAAUAUGUUGUUACUUUAAUGUACUUGCAGUGUAGUAAAGAUGGUUAUAAAGGCUACAAGGUCUGAGGAUUUGAGUAUUUGAGCCCUGAAGACUAUAGUGGGGCUAGUGGGGCUAUUUGAAACGUAUCUGCACACACACACACACACACACACACACACACACACGUCACAGACUUCUUAUUUCACUUCCCAGUUAUCUAACAUUUGCCUUCUGUUCAUAUAUGCAUCCUGAACACUGAGUAUUCUGACAAUUUUAUACUAUUUUUAUUUCAUAUGUGAAUAUUUGCUGAGCUUAUGAAACCUUUUUUAAGAAUCACAAAAGAAUAUCUUGUAAACUAUUAGGUUAAAUAUAAUCAGCAAUAGUAUCUGUUACCCUUUUAUAGUAGCCUUGAAAUAAAUUUGAAACUUAAGUUAUUUGAAUAACAAUAUGACUAAUAAAAAUCCAUAAUCUAUUUUAGGUAGAUAUUUGUACAUUGAGAAUUAUGGUUAUCUCCUAGCUAAUGAUAUUUUUUAUUUUUAUAAAAUCUUUUGUAAGUUUUUUAAGUUUUUAUUUCAAGGCUUGGAGAUUGGUUCACAUUUGUAUAUCAACUACAACUGAGGUUUGAGAACCAAUAGGUCAGAGGUUUGGUUCAGAAACUGAUUCUGUACUAUAAGUUUGAAAAUUCCUCAACAAUUGAUGGUAUUAUAUGACCAAAUCUUAGGAAUGUUGACACUAAUGCAAAGGACUUUUCUGAAUAUUUUAUUUCAAAAUUCAGCCUGUGAUGUCAUAAUCAAAAGAUAUUAUAAAUGAACAGAUUAUAAGCAUAGUACCACAUUUUUUUUAAUCACCGAUAUAUGAUCUUGUGGUUUCUUCAGUCUUUAUUUUAUGGAUACCAUGGUAAUUAAUGGGAUGGAUUUAAAUUGUUUUCCAUUCUUUGUUCCUCAGUUCAUUCCUUUUUAUCUUCCCACUGACAGUCUUUGGCAGUUCUUGAACAAAUUCUACCUGUUGGUGUCAAGGGAAAGAAAAUCAGCCCAGAAGUUUUCAUAUUUUGACAAAGUCAAUACUAGUUCUGUUCUGAACUUUAGGUAACAGAAUUAGGGUACACAUUGGGGUGGGUUUUUACUAACAAUCAAAAAGGGAGACGUAUACUUGAUACUCAGUAUUUACUAAAGUCUAGUGAACCAAAUGAUUCAACAGGUUUCAUUUUAAUCUCAAAAUAACUGAUUCUUUCCCACGUCUUCAAUUCACAUUGGAAUAUUUGAGGUAAUGUGUUUGAGGAGAAUUAGAAUGGAAGAAAAUGACUGCAGUUUUCCAGAACACUAAGCAAAUAUUCAUCACAGGGUACCUACCUUUCUGGGAUAUUUAUAAGGUGCUGUCGUUUUUUUAACAUGCUCUUGAAUCUCCUUUUUUAGUUGCUGUUGAUCAUGUGACUUGUAAUCAGGGUUCAGAACAAUAAAAGCCUUUACUACCUAAAAUAAAUAUUUGACACAUCACAAGGUGAAUUGUGUAUUUUGAUGUUUUAGCGUGUCUUGUUUACUUUAUCUGGCUAGGGAUCUUAGCGCCCAUUGGGGUGGGGCAAAGGAUUUAACAGGAUUUGAUCCCAGCUCUGCUCUUAAGCCAGCCAGUUAAUUCCCACAACUCCUGUAUCUAAUACAAGACAGCUUCUGGAACCCCUGCUUUGUUAAUGAUCUGCAUUUGAACCGUCUCAUCUAACUACAGCUUAACUAUUGUUUCUGAUGAUCUCUGCUCUUCUUGUCUUUCAUAUUCUUCUAAGAACUUUCCUUUUAGAAAACUGGGAAUGCACUAAGCUCAGUCUUUGUGUAACAACCCAACCUGCUGUAACCUAACUUAUAGGUUCUACCCUCAGUGUUGUCCUUAUCCACAGUGUUCACACCAAUUUGUCAUAUCCUUGCAAAAGGAAACAGUUCAUUAAAAC